UGCCGCUAGGCGGACUCGAAUUUCCCAAAUUCCUAAUGAGAAAACCUGAGUUUUGAGGGAACAGCACAACUAAAAUCAGUUGCUGAGUAUGCUAUUUUCCACUUUUGUCCAUGGGUAUGGUUUAUUUGGAGUAAAACUGAUUUGGAAAGAGUCUGACUAAAAUCUGUAGAAACCACAUUAUUUGAUUACCGAAACAUUUUCUUUUGUUGAGUGAACGUGUGGGCUAACGCUGCUCGGCGAAGAAACUUCGGUCUCAUCCAGUCCGGUGCCAAGUGAUGACCUUUAUCUUGACCUAAUGUCUGUCCGACCGUCCAUGAGUGUGCUUCCUCCAGUUCGAAGGGACCGCAUUAUUGCCCAGCUUCCUCAGUGUUACAGUGAGAGGGCAGCUGUGCACACAAAAGAUGAGUUCCACUCCAAAGUGAAGACUGCCUGCCAGGAGCAGCGCACUGGCACCGUGGGUAGGUUUAAAAUUGCCAAAGUUAUAGUGGUUGGUGACCUGGCUGUGGGAAAAACCUGUCUGAUCAACAGGUUUUGCAAGGAUACAUUUGACAAGAACUACAAGGCAACCAUUGGUGUUGACUUUGAGAUGGAGCGGUUUGAAGUGCUGGGAGUGCCUUUCAGCUUACAGUUGUGGGACACUGCAGGGCAGGAGAGGUUUAAGUGUAUUGCCUCCACGUACUACAGAGGGGCUCAGACUAUUGUCAUUGUGUUUGAUGUGAAUGAUGUGGCGUCCUUGGGUCAUGCAAGGCAGUGGCUUGAAGAUGCUCUGAAGGAAAAUGAUCCCACUGGAGUCCAGCUGUUCCUAGUUGGCACGAAGAAAGACCUGAGUUCUCCGGCUCAGUAUUCCCAGAUUGAACAGGAUGCAAUCCAACUGGCUGAGGAGAUUCAAGCAGAGUAUUGGGCUGUGUCAUCAUUGACAGGGGAAAAUGUGAGGGAUUUUUUCUUCCGUGUUGCAUCAUUGGCAUUUGAGGCCAAUGUCUUUGCAGAGCUAGAGAAGAGUGGGUCCAGACACAUUGGGGACAUUGUCAAAAUUAACAGCAAUUCAAAAAACGUGUAUGCAACAUCAAAGAAGAAACAGUCAAACUGUUGUUAAUGAAGAUGACCACUAACUAAAACAGUAACCCCUCCCCCUCAAAAAAUCUCAAAAGAAACCGAGGACCCUUGACCACUUCCAGAGGCAUGGGUUUUUCCAGUGAGAUCUGGCAGGCAGGACAGUUUUGCUUUAACAGACUUUUUGAUGCCGUGGAAACGACACUCCUUGGUUGGAUGUGGAUUCCUGUGGUGUUUGGCUCAUUUUAGCUUGUCCAGAGUUUCAAGUAUACUUUCCUCUGUGUCAUUACAUUCCAUGUAUAAUUCUAAGCGUUCUUUGUUCUUCAAAGAUAUUGUAAUUGCACUGUUGUCUAAAUGUUUAGACUGCGGGCAAUCAUAGAGGUAUUUAAAUAGCCUAUAUGGAUAGUUAAGACGUUAGAAUUUGGUCAUUUCCUUGGUGUUUGUAUACUUUUUUUGGCAUAAUUUGCAAUGCAUACAUGGACAUCCUAGAAUGUAAUAUUAUGCUAGUUAGUUGAAGACUUGUGAACAUUCCUCUUUAAACAGCAUAGGAUUCUUAUACAGGAAUAGGGAUAUCUUUUGCGGGUGAUAUGGAUAUUCAUCGUUAUGCCAAGACCGGAAGAGUUUAGGGGUGUGCUGCGUAGCCUACUCAGAAAGACAAGUAUCGUUACAAUGAGGAAUUUGACAGAUAGGAUUAUAAGAUUAUGAAUAUAAACAAUUCUGCAUUAUCAUCCCAAAUCGAAGUUACCAUGCGAAAUGAUGGGUGCUCAAUCCAGGGAUGUUUUUCGACCAACAGAUUAUUAUAAGAUAUAACAAAUGUAAUUGUAAAUGCUGAUUUGGUGAAUGUUUGGAAUAGGCUAGAAAAUGAAACGUUACAUUUCAUCUUAGAUUUGCCAUUGGAGCUGUCUGGGUGUUUUUUAAACUAUAAACAAUGUGAGGCAAGCAACAUAAAUGCACAGAGAGCUAUUGAGGUAUAGGCUUUACCAGCAUUUUGAAUCCAUUUAAAAGUGCUUAUCUGUAUUCCAAUCACUGGUACAAACUGUGAUGAACAUAUUUCCAUCAAAUCUCAGAAAAAAUACUGUUGAUGCCCAUAACUCUGGAAAGGGUUACAACACCAUUUUAAAGCAAGUUAAUUGUUCUACUGACAGAUGAUCAAUCAAAUUGGUCUAAGGCAUCUAGAUAGAUAAGUAGAUCUUCAGGUAGACUAUCCCUUUAACAAUCAAUGUAGAAGCUUAUGGGUCAAAUCAAAAGUCAAAUAGGCUACACACAUAGGCCUACAUCAGAGGUCAGAAAGGAAAACGCCUCGGCUCCUUAAAAAUAUAGACACCCAACAACCCAAGUGUGAAUAAAAUGACAACUGGAGCAAUGUGCUCUGAAAUAACGAGUCAGAGGCCAAUUUGUUUAUCCGUGAUAGCAGACAUUUUCGGGAAAACAAAAAAGCAGCUUUAGAACAGAAGAACCUUCACUAAAGAUUAACAAGGUGACUGGGUCAAUGUGGUUUUCUUUGAAUUUGAAGAUGUAUGGCAAUAAUGCAAUAUAAAAAACAAUCACACAGUUAAGACAAUUCUUUCAAUGUUCUGUUCUAGAAGUACAGUGUAACUGAGGAUUAUUCAUUUCAUGAGUGACUUAUAAAUUUCCCAGUUAGUGUCAAAGUCAGAAGUUCAAUAAAAUGAAAUCCCUUUAACACAAAAGA